AUGUCCAAAGUCCAGUCGUGCUCCAGCCGGAAACUGGAACAAAGGAACAACGCAUGCGUCAACUCUUCUAAGCCGUUUAUAAUAAACAUCAAAUCCAGAACACUGAGGGCUGCGGUGGGUCACGCUCGGCGGCUGCCCGCCCUCUCGGCCACGCGGCUGCAGUGGAGACACCGGGUUCUGCAGGUCCGCGCGUGCGCCGACGCUCGCGCUGCAAGUUUGCGUGUCCUCGACGACUGCCUCGAACUCAAGUAUGGAGACACGCCGAUGCGUUUUAACUACGUGUGGCUGCGGGACCACUGCCGCUCCGCGAGCUCCUACAACCCCGCCACCAACCAGAGGAGCCUGGACACCGCGGAGAUAGACCUGCGCGUGCGCCCAGAAAGCAGCCGGAUCGAGGAAGGGCAUGUCGUCCUGACCUGGCCGGAUGGUCACGUGUCAAAGUUCAGCCUCGACUGGCUAGCAGCGAACAGCUAUGAAGUGAAGAAGCAGGGCGUGGUGCAGCCACGGGUCCUCUGGAACGCGGGCGUCUACGAAGGUGCCAACGUCCCAGCCGCCGAAUGGGAGAAGUUCAUGAGCUGUGAUGCUGAGCUGAGGCAGUUCCUGCAGAACUACCUCCUGUACGGCAUCGCCUUUGUUGAUGGGGUCCCCGCGACAGUGGAGGCCACGGAGGCCGUCACUCAGAGGAUCAGUCUGAUCAGGCAGACCACAUAUGGGGGGAUGUGGUCCUUUACAUCUGACUUUUCCAGAGGAGACACCGCCUACAGCCAGCUGGCUCUGGACCACCAUACCGACACAUCAUACUUCCAGGAGCCAUGUGGCAUUCAGGUUUUUCAUUGUCUCAAACACGAGGGGACCGGGGGACGGACGCUGCUGGUGGAUGGCUUCCACGCCGCAGAGAAACUGCGCCAGCGCUCGCCCCGGAGCUUCCGACUGCUCACCCAAGUGCCCAUCGGCCACGAGUACAUCGAAAAUACAGACGGCCACCAAAACCACAUCACAGGAAUCGGCCCUGUGCUCAACGUCUACCCGUGGAACGACGAGCUCUACCUGAUCCGCUAUAACAACUAUGACCGCUCGGUCAUAAACACAGUCCCCUAUGACGUCAUCCAGCGGUGGUACGAGGCCCAUCGAGAGCUCACCACAGAACUGAGGCGGCCAGAGAACGAGCUGUGGGUCAAACUCAAUCCAGGAAAGGUGAUAUUUGUGGAUAACUGGAGGGUGUUGCACGGGAGGGAGUCCUUCACCGGCCUGAGACAGAUCUGUGGCUGUUACCUGACCAGAGAUGACGUCCUGAGCAGGGCUCGUGGCUUCAGACUGCACGUGUGAACGUGCACAGCCAUCAACAAGCAGGCACUAAAUUCCAAGAUAUUUAAAUCACUCCUGGAUUACGUUUAUCCUUGUUUUGGUUUUUAGGACCCAUCCUAUGAAAUGACAGGUAGCGAAUGUAUCCUGAAGUGCAUUUAAAGCAAUAAAUCCUAAUUUUUCUUUAUCAG